AUGUCAAAUCCUAUUUUCGCACUUCUCGCUUCCCAAAUUUUGAAUGGUGAAAACUUUGUCAAAUGGAAAAGCAACAUGAAUAUCCUCUUGAUCUGUGAAAACUACCAUUUUAUCGUUAAGGAGGAUUGUCCUCCAGUGCCUCCAGCCAACGCCGCCUGGGCUUUGGCCGAGCGAUAUGAUCGAUGGAUCAACGCCAACAACAAGGCCCGUUGUUACCUGUUAGCAGCAAUGAAUGAAGUGCUGAGAACUCAGCACGAAGGCCUUGCAAGUGCUAAAGAGAUCAUGGACACUCUUCAGAGGAUGUUUGGACGUCCAUCUGAUUCAGCCCGACACGCUGCUGUCAAAGCUGUUAUGAACGACCGUAUGAAGAAUGGUUCUUCUGUACGUGAACAUAUGCUUAAGAUGAUUAAUCAUCUUAAUGAGGCUGAAAUUAAUGGGUCUCACAUUGAUGAGAAAACUCAGGUUGGCAUGAUACUAGAGACACUUUCUCCUGAUUUUCUUCCAUUCAGGACAAGUUAUCUAAUGAACCAAAAGAAUGAUAGCUUAACUGAGCUCCUGAAUGAGCUGCAACAAUUUGAGUCCCUUACAGGUGAUAAGGGAGGCAAGGCAAACGUUGCUGAAGCCAACGCAGUUGAGGGAAGGCCUUCUUCAUCAAAGAAUAAGAAGAAGAAGAAUCAAGGGAACAAUAAGGGCAAAAUGGAAGAAGAAGAUCCAGAAGAACAAGCAGAACAAGGAUGCUCCAAAAUGCUGGAAACGUCCAGGGAUCUUGAAGAGGGAGCUUUCCAGAUGAGAGUGGGCAAUAGGGCAAGGAUCUCAGCGACGGCAGUAAGGACAGUGCGAUUGUUGCAUGAACAAUUUGUUUCAGUUUCUCUUGAUAUUGAAUUUGUAUCUUUAUCUAAGAAUGGAAUUCAUAUUUGUUCUGAUUUUGUUGAUGAUGGUCUUUACUUUGUUAAAACCAUAUUCAACGAAAUGCUACAAACUGAAAUGUUCAAAGUCACUGAACCAACCCCUAAAAGAAGAAAGGUUUCUAACGAAAAUGAAACAUACAUGUGGCAUCUAAGGCUAGGUCAUAUAAACAUAGAUAGGAUUGAAAUGCUAGCAAAGGAUGGUCCUUUGAGAGAGCUAAAGGUUGGCACUCCCAAGAGGCCAUUUUCAGCAAAGGGUGAAAGAGCAAAGACACCCUUCGAAAUCAUAAAUACCGAUGUAUGUGGUCCUUUGAAUGUCAAAGCGAUGGGAGGCUAUGAAUACUUCGUCACAUUUAUUGAUGAUCAUUCGAGAUUCGAAUAUACAUACCUAAUGCAAAAGAAAUCCGAAACCUUUGAAAAGUUCAAAGAAUUCCGUGUCGAAGUUGAAAAGCAACUAGGCAAAUCAAUCAAAACUCUUCGAUCAGAUCGAUGA